CUGAGAAUUAUCCUGCUUUCAUGUGGUGUCGAAAUAAUUGCAAAAUUGAGUUUCCGACUGGGAAAAUUCACGUGAACGCCCCCUCAAGUAACAUCACGAUUUACCGAGUUGUUGACGUCAUUUACGUAGAAACAUGGCGGAUGAAAAUUGCUGAGAAGUUCACUUCCCCUCUGGUGUGCAGGAUGGCCUUUGUAACCUGGCAGUUUUCACUGAUUGUGCUCAAGAAGAAACCUCCCUAUGUAGUUGGCAGCUUGGGACUGUGGUGACUUUUUUUCAAGGGAUUCAUUCACUGUGGAGAUGCCUGGAAACCAAGAUGUUUGCAUGUUGUUCCCUGGCUGGAGGUCACAGUUGACCCUCGUUUUUAUUUACGGCCUACACCAGGACAGCUACAGCGGUGCUGAUAGGCAGACCAGAGGCGACGCUGAGGGAAGCGACGGGAUGCGCAGUUUAUCAGCUGACAAGUGCAUAUCGGACAAAAGAGCAGCUGAGCGGCUGGGGAGCCUCUGCAUCCUUACCGAGUGAGUUUUCUUUAACAGAAAACAAAAAAACAAAAAAAGAAAAAAAAGAAAGAAAGAAAGAAAACAUCCCGCACUGCUGCCCGGUCACAUGAGACAUAUAACUGCGUUAGCUCCUGAAAGGGGACAGCUGUAUUCUUGGAAGUACUGGCUGAGCCGAGCCGAGCCGAUCCGAGCUGAGCUGAGCAGAGCAGCGCGGGGAGAACUGGGAAGAUUUCUGAGCAGACACGUUUCUCACGGAGCUGGCAGCUGAAGCUCUCUCUCUCUCUCUCUCUCUCUCUCUCCCUCUGCCUGUCUCUCUCUCUCUCUCUGCUCCUGACAACACAACGCAGCACAACGCAGUCGCACUUACUAUUCCGCACCGGGCACGGCUCGGUUUCAGCGUCUGAAACAAGCGGCUCGAGAGGUUUUUGUGCGGAGGAUUGAAGGAAGCGGUGUCCGCGAAGAAUUACAACUGUGUCGAAUUUGCUACAUGAGGCUGUUGUCUACAGAAGGACGCCGCGACGCACUCUGCCCACCGCUGCCUGCAAGUUUGGACUAAAGCGCACCGCUGGAAGUUUAUGUGCCGCUGCCUCAGCCGGGCUCGCUGAGAAGCUGAGAAGCUUCGUGCAGGUAGAGUGGGUGGAGGACUGAAUGGACUGAAGAAGUGACCGACAAAGGUUGAGAAGUGGGGAGGGGAGUUUGAGGGGAAAUCGGUACAGGACGAGAAUCACAACCAGAGAAGGAAGAGGAGGGGGAGAAAAGAGAGAAAUAAUCCAGUGCCGAGUAUCUUGGGAGAGCGUCGGUGGUGAAGGGGAGGGAGUUGGAUACCCAGCAUGCAGGCAGCAUGGAACGGGUGAGGGAGCAGCGGCCUUUCUGCUCGCUGUCAAAGAGCCAGAGAGACAGAGAGAGGGACUGCGAGAGAGACAAGGAUCGAGAGCGCCGUUACACCGCCUCCUCGGCUGACCGGGAGGAGGGAGCCUGUCGCGUACCCACUCAGAAAUCCUACAGCUCCAGCGAGACGCUCCAGGCCUUUGACCAUGACCCUUCACGAAUGUUGUUUGGAGGCAGAGUCAAGGAGAUGGUCCACAAGGAGAGUGCAGAGUACAGCAGGCCAGGGCAGACAUUUUCGUUGAGGCAGCUCGGGAUCUGUGAGCCACCGGCUCGCAGAGGCUUGGCGCUAUGCCCUGAGACGGGCCUCUCCCACCCACUCAGCAGCUACUCCAGAGGACCAGUCGCUACAGAAAACCAUGAAUCUGUUUCACCGGAACGUACCAUGACUCUUUGGGGAACGGGGGCAAAGUCUGGGCAGAAUUCAUGCCUCUCCAGUCGCUCUAACUCGGCGCUCACACUCACUGACACGGAAAUGGACAAUAAAUCGGACAAUGAGAUGGGUGAUCAUCUGUCUAGUCAGCAAGGCCCACCACCUCUCCCGCCAGCCCCGCCCCCACACAAGCAGCAUCCGUCCAUCACGUCCCUGAGCCGCAGCUCACUGGCCAAUCAGAGGAGCCCGAGCCCGCCGCCCACAGCCGGCCUGGCGGCCGACUUGCAGAGUACGGCAGAAUGCGUCCAGCUGCAGGACAGCUGGGUCCUGGGCAGCAAUGUUGCCCUGGAGAGCAGGCACUUUCUUUUUAAAACGGGCACAGGAACGACACCUUUCUUUGGCGCAGCAGCCCCUGGUUACACCAUGGCAACGGGGACGGUUUACUCCACACCGGCGCGCCCUCUGCCCAGAAACAGCCUGUCCAGAGGGGCUUUCAAGUUCAAGAAGUCACCUAAACACUGCUCCUGGAAGUGCACCGCCCUGAUCGCUGUUGGCAUAGCCGUGGUGCUGUCCAUCAUUCUCUGCUACUGCAUAGCAAUGCACCUUUUCGGCCUCAAUUGGCAGCUCCAAGAGUUGGACAACCAGCCGGCUUUUGAAAACGGAGGAGUUGGGAAGACAGGGCCCACUCAGUCGAGCAUAGUGACAGCUCUGGCUGCUGACGGGAGGACUGGUGUGCUCCAUCAGGAGAACAACUCAAUCGAUACCGGACAAGUCGAUGUAGGGAAGAGGGUGGGUCAGAGCGUCCCACCUGGUGUGUUCUGGCGUUCUCAACUAAGCAUGGACCAACCACGCUUCCUCAAGUUCAAUAUCUCGGUACAGAAGAACGCACUGAUUGGAGUCUAUGGACGAAAGGGUCUUGCGCCAUCUCAUACUCAGUAUGACUUUGUGGAGCUAUUGGAUGGCAGCCGGCUUAUCGCUAAAGAGCAUCGGACUCCGAGCGAACCUGAGACAAGGUCCCGCCUGGAUCAUCAGGUUGCCGUCCACCAAGCCGGAUUCAUCCAGUACCUGGACUCAGGGGUGUGGCACCUGGCGUUUUAUAAUGACGGACGGAGCGUGGAGGCAGUGUCCUACAACACCAUUAUACAGGACUCUGUCAUGGAGUGCACACACAACUGUUACGGGAACGGAGAGUGUGUGGCGGGAUCGUGUCACUGCUUCCCAGGAUUCAUAGGGCCGUACUGUUCCAGAGCCGCCUGUCCAGUCCUGUGCAGCGGUAACGGCCAGUACACCAGGGGGCGCUGCCAGUGCUACAGUGGCUGGAAGGGCACCGAGUGUGACGUUCCUGCCUCCCAGUGUAUCGACCCUCAGUGCGGGGGACACGGACACUGCGUGGCGGGCAACUGUGUGUGCAACUCUGGCCACAAAGGGACCAACUGUGAGCAAGUGGAUUGUGUGGACCCGGUGUGCUCCGGUCACGGAGCCUGUCAUCAUGGUGAGUGCCACUGUAACCCGGGCUGGGGCGGGAUCAGCUGCGAAAUCCUGAAGAGCACUUGUCCAGAGCAGUGCUCCAGUCACGGCACCUUCAACACCGACUCGGGAACCUGCAUCUGUGAGGCCAACUGGACAGGGGCCGACUGCUCCAUAGAGGUGUGUGUGGUGGACUGCGGUCCCCACGGCUCGUGCAUCAGCGGCGUGUGUCACUGCGAAGAAGGCUGGACAGGAUCAGAAUGUGAGCAGAGGGACUGUCACCCACGCUGCAUCGACCACGGAGUCUGCCGAGAGGGCAAGUGUGACUGCCACCAGGGCUGGACGGGUGAACACUGCACCAUCGCCCUGGAUUCCAGAGUAUCAGGAGCAGUCAAGAUAGGAUAUAAAGACGGCUGCCCCGGGCUGUGCAACAACAACGGGAGGUGCGUCCUGGAUCAAAACGUCUGGCACUGCAUCUGCCAGUCAGGAUGGAGAGGGCUGGGAUGCGAUGUAGCGACCGAAACGCUCUGCUCAGAUGGCAAGGAUAAUGAGGGAGAUGGGCUCAUCGACUGCAUGGACCCAGACUGCUGCACUCAAAUCUCCUGCCAGGGUCAGACCUACUGUCGUGGCUCACCUGACCCCACUGCCAUCGCAGGCCAGGGCCAGAGUUCAGCCGCCCAGCCCACAUCGAAAGGCUUUUAUGACCGUGUCAGUUUUUUGAUUGGUCCCAGCGGCAGUCAUGUGAUACCCUGGGAUAACCCGUUCAACAGCAGCCUGGCAUCAGUCAUCCGGGGUCAGGUCCUCACAGGAGACGGGACACCGCUGAUUGGAGUCAACGUGUCUUUUCUGCACUAUCCAGAGUACGGCUACACCACCACGCGGCAGGAUGGCAUGUUUGACCUCCUGGCCAAUGGCGGUGCUUCUUUGACACUGAGCUACGAGCGUGCCCCGUUCCCCACGCUGCACCGCACAGUGUGGCUGCCCUGGAACGUUUUCCAUGUUAUGGACACCGUGGUGAUGAAGCGGGAAGAAAACGACAUCCCCAGCUGCUACCUGACCGGCUUGUUCAGACCCAACCCCCUCAUCCUGGCCACGCCCCUCUCCACAUUGUACAAGACCUCCCCGGAGGACAGUCCCAUCAUCCCAGAGACCCAGGUCCUUCAUGAGCAAGUGGCCAUACCAGGCAGUGACCUUAACCUGGUCUACCUGAGCUCCAGGGCAGCUGGCUACAAGCCCAUCCUCAAGGUGCUCCUGACCCAGGACCGUCUCCCCUUUGGCCUGAUGAAGGUCCACCUGAUGGUGGCCGUCAUGGGCCGUCAGUUCCAGAAGUCUUUCCCUGCUUUCCCCGACCUCUCCUACACCUUCAUCUGGGAUAAAACAGACGCCUACAAUCAGAAGGUCUUCGGCCUGGCAGAGGCUGUGGUGUCAGUGGGAUAUGAAUAUGAGUCCUGCCUUGAUGUGGUGCUCUGGGAGAAGAGGACGGCGGUGUUACAAGGCUAUGAACUGGAUGCCUCCAACAUGGGAGGGUGGAUGUUAGACAAACACCACAUAUUGGACAUUCAGAAUGGCAUUCUUUACAAAGGCAGUGGGGAGAACCAGUUCAUCUCUCUCCAGCCCCCUGUGAUCUCCACUGUCAUGGGAAACGGGCGGCGCAGAAGCAUAUCAUGCCCCAGCUGUAAUGGACAGGCCCAAGGCAACAAGCUGUUGGCGCCGGUGGCUCUGGCAUGGGGCAUCGAUGGAAGUCUGUAUGUUGGAGAUUUCAACUACAUCCGCCGCAUCUACCCAUCUGGCAAUGUCACAAGUAUCAUGGAGCUCAGAAAUAAAGACUUUAGACACAGCAACAACCCUGCACACCGGUAUUACCUGACAACUCACCCAGUAACUGGCCAGCUGUAUGUGUCAGACACAAAUUCCCGGAGAAUCUACCGACCGAAAAUCUUAACCGGGACCAAGGAUCUGCAGUCGAACACAGAGGUGGUGGCAGGAACUGGUGAACACUGUCUGCCCUUUGAUGAGAACCACUGUGGGGACGGAGGCAAAGCUCCAGAGGCGUCUCUCACUGGACCCAAAGGCAUCACCGUGGACAAGAAUGGGCUGAUUUAUUUUGUUGAUGGCACCACGAUCCGAAAGGUGGAUCAGAACGGCAUCAUCUCCACUUUCCUUGGUUCCAAUGACCUGACAUCGGCCCGCCCUCUGACCUGUGACAACAGCAUGGACAUCAAUCAGGUGAUUUUGGAGUGGCCCACAGACCUAGCAAUUAGCCCCAUGGACAACUCACUCUAUGUCCUGGACAACAAUAUAGUGCUACGCAUCACAGAGAACGGUCAAGUGAGCAUCGCAGCUGGCCGACCUAUCCACUGCCCACUGGCUGGACUGGAGCGCGGAGUGGCAGGUGGUCAGAGGGCGCAGUUAACCCCUCUAGAAUCUGCUGUUUCCAUCUCCGUAUCUUUCCACGGUGCCAUUUACAUAGCGGAGACAGAUGAGCGAAAGAUGAGCAGGAUCCGGAAGGUUUCUGUGGAUGGAGAGAUAACGCAUUUGGCGGGAGCUCCCUCUGACUGCGAUUGCAAGAAUGAUGCCAACUGUGACUGUUACCAGACAGGGGACGGCUAUGCCAAAGAUGCAAGGCUCAAUGCUCCAUCUUCUUUAGUGGCAGCUCCAGAUGGAACACUCUACGUGGCAGACCUGGGCAACAUCCGCAUCCGGGCCAUCUAUAGAAACGGGCCAACUUUGACUUCCAGUGCCAGUACGUAUGAGGUGGCUUCCCCUGAUGCCCAGGAGCUGUAUGUGUUUGACAGCAACGGCACCCACCAACACACUGCAAGCCUCCUCACCGGAGACUUAAAAUAUACUUUCAGCUACAGCACAGAGAAUGACAUCACGGCUGUUACCGACAGCAGCGGCAACACCUUGAGGAUACGCAGAGAUCCUAACCGCAUGCCGGUGCGCGUCGUCGCCCCUGACAACCAGGUGAUUUGGCUGACUAUGGGCACCAAUGGCAGAUUAAAAACUCUUACAGCGCAGGGCCAGGAGCUGGUGCUUCUUACCUACCAUGGUAACAACGGCCUGCUGGCCACAAAGACAUCAGAGAUUGGCUGGACAACUUUCUAUGACUAUGACAGUGAAGGACGGCUAAUGAAUGUGACGUUCCCCACUGGAAUGGUGAAUAACUUGUACACAGACAUAUACAGCGCUUUGACGGUGGACAUUGAGAGCUCCAUGACAGAGGAGGAAAUCAGCAUCACCACGAAUACCUCAACCAUUCGUGCCUUCUACACUCUGGCUCAGGACCAAUGUAGAAGUAGCUAUCAGGUUGGCUUUGACAACUCGCUGAGGAUUACCUAUGCCAACGGGAUGGACACCCACUACCAGACAGAGCCCCACAUCCUGGCAGGCGCUGCCAACCCAACUGUAGCCAGACGCAACAUGAGCUUGCCAGGGGAGAGUGGGCAGAACUUGGUUGAGUGGCGCUUCCGCAAAGAACAAGCCAGAGGGAAAGUUAUCGUGUUUGGACGCAAGCUUAGGGUGAAUGGGCGGAACAUUCUCUCUGUCGAUUAUGAUCGCACCCUGAGGACAGAGAAGAUUUAUGAUGACCACAGGAAGUUCCUCUUAAAGAUUAUAUACGACACAGCAGGCCACCCGGUGCUCUGGGUGCCCAGCAGUAAGCUACUGCCGGUUAAUGUGAGCCGCACAAGCAGCGGGCAAAUCAGUGCCUUGCAGAGAGGUCCCACCACUGAGAGACUCGAGUAUGAUAGCCAGGGCCGCCUGGUUUCCAGGGUGUUUGCUGAUGGGAAGAUAUGGAGUUACACCUACCUAGAGCAGUCCAUGGUUCUCCUGCUCCACAGUCAGCGCCAGUACAUAUUUGAUUUCGACUCUCUGGACCGGCUUUCUGCUGUCACCAUGCCAAGUGUGGCACGCUACACAAUGCAGACCAUCCGUUCAGUGGGUUAUUACAGGAACCUCUAUCACCCCCCAGAGAGCAACGCCUCAGUGGCUGUGGACUACAGUGAAGAUGGCCUCCUACUGAGGGUAGCUCACCUCGGUACAGGACGCAGGGUCCUGUACAGGUAUCGCCGGCAGAAUAAACUUUCAGAGAUACUCUACGACAGCACAAGGGUCAGCUUCACCUAUGACGAGAUGGCGGGUGUGCUGAAGACCGUCAACCUGCAGAAUGAAGGUUUCAUCUGCUCCAUUCGUUAUCGCCAAGUGGGUCCCCUGGUGGACCGACAGAUUUUCCGCUUCAGCGAGGAUGGCAUGGUCAAUGCACGUUUUGAUUACACCUAUGACAGCAGUCUGCGUGUCACCAGUGUGCAAGGUGUCAUCAACGAAACGCCGCUACCCAUCGAUCUAUACCAGUUUGAUGACAUCUCAGGAAAAGUUGAGCAGUUUGGAAAGUUUGGGGUGAUCUACUAUGAUAUAAAUCAGAUCAUCUCCACUGCAGUCAUGACCUACACCAAGCACUUUGAUGCACACGGACGCAUAAAGGAGAUCCAGUAUGAGAUCUUUCGUUCACUCAUGUACUGGAUCACUUUCCAGUAUGAUGAUGUGGGCCGAGUCACCAAGCGGGAGAUCAAGAUCGGUCCCUUUGCCAACACCACCAAGUACAGCUAUGAGUAUGACGUGGAUGGCCAGCUCCAGACCGUAUACUUGAAUGACAAAGUGAUGUGGCGCUAUACGUAUGACCUUAAUGGAAACCUGCACCUGCUGAAUGCAGGAAACAGUGCUAGACUUCUCCCUCUGCGCUAUGACUUGAGAGACCGCAUCACCCGCCUUGGUGAUAUCCAAUACAGAAUGGAUGAAGACGGUUUCCUUCGUCAGAGAGGAGCAGAAAUCUUUGAGUACAACUCUAAAGGGCUCUUGGUUCGGGUCUACAGCAAGAGCGGUGGCUGGACGAUUCAGUACCGCUAUGAUGGACUCGGCCGCAGAGUAUCCACCAAAACCAGCUUGGGCCAACACCUGCAGUAUUUCUACGCAGACCUGAGCUACCCAGCCAGGAUUACACAUGUAUACAACCACUCCAGUUCAGAGAUCACCUCGCUCUACUACGACCUCCAAGGCCAUCUCUUUGCUAUGGAGAUCAGCAGCGGGGAGGAGUUCUACAUUGCCUGUGAUAACACUGGCACACCUCUGGCUGUCUUCACCAGCAACGGACUCCUCGUCAAACAGCUCCAGUACACAGCAUACGGUGAGGUCUACUUCGACUCAAACCCAGACUUCCAGCUCGUGCUAGGGUUUCACGGAGGACUGUAUGACCCCCUGACCAAACUGCUGCACUUUGGGGAGCAGGAUUAUGAUAUAAUGUCUGGAAGGUGGACUGUUCCAGAUGUCUCUACUUGGAAAAAAGUUGGCAGAGAGCCUGCUCCUUUUAAUUUAUACAUGUUUAGAAAUAACAACCCCAUCAGCAAAGUCCAUGAAGUGAGAGAAUAUGUUGCAGAUGUGAACAGCUGGCUCGUAACCUUUGGCUUUCAUCUUCACAACACCAUUCCUGGCUUUCCAGUCCCAAAAUUUGAUUUAAGCAUGCCGUCCUUUGAGCUGAGGAAGAGUCAGCUCUGGGAUGAUCUGCCGUCUAUCUCUGGGGUCCAGCAGGAAGUAACCAGACAAGCCCACUCGCUCUUGUCAUUCGAGCGGCUGCCAGAGGUCCAUCUCAGUCGAGGUCGCAGAGGUGAAAAGUCUUGGCUGUGGUUCUCAGCAGCAAUGUCUCCCAUCGGAAGAGCUGUUAUGUUUGCCAUCUACAAGGGCAGCAUCCAUACUCACACACUCAACGUGGCCAGUGAGGACUGUAUCAAAGUUGCGACAAUCCUCAACAACGCGUUCUAUCUGGAAGACCUCCACUUCACUAUAGAAGGACGGGACACGCACUACUUUGUCAAGCCAGGCCUUCCGGACGCCGACCUUGCCGCGUUGCACCUCACUAGUGGACACAAGACUCUGGAGAACGGUGUCAAUGUGACUGUCUCCCAGUCCACCACAGUCAUGGAUAGUCGGACUCGCCGUUUUGCAGAUGUGGAGAUUCGUGCCGGCGCUCUAGCUCUUCAUAUCCGCUAUGGAUCCACGGUGGACGAGGAGAAAGCGCGAGUUGUUGAGCUCGCUCGUCAGCGCGCCCUUGCGGGGGCGUGGGCAAGAGAACAGCAACGAGUGCGAGAUGGCGAGGAGGGGGUCCGCCCCUGGACAGAGGGGGAGAAGAGGCAGCUUUUGAGUAGUGGAAAAGUUUUGGGCUAUGAUGGGUACUACGUGCUCUCUAUCGAGCAGUACCCAGAGUUAGCAGACAGCGCUAAUAACAUCCAUUUUCUUCGGCAAAGUGAAAUUGGGAAAAGGUAACAAUACGAGGUGCAUUUUCUGCCAAAGAGACUUCAUUUUGGUAGAGACAUACUAGCGGACAAAAUGAACAGCAGCUGUAAUCAAAGGUUGCCGAUAUGUAUCCUGAGUGUCCAUGUGUUUUUUAUAAAAAAAAAAAAAAAAAAUAAGAAAGGAAAAAUACAAGCGGUCAAAAGCAAUGCUGUGCAUUGUGACCUAGGGACUACAGAGUAAAUGUAUAACUACACCAAGCCUUAACAUGGCAAAUUACAGGUCAGUUCCUCUGUAGCACAAGCCUUCUGGACUCUGGACUCUCAAACAGAGGAAUAGUGGUGUCUUUGGAGAAACAGUGAGCUAGUUUAGGUGUCUUAUGUUUGGUUUUUGUUUUUACCAAGAAAAGUCUGGCUCAACAGAGAGUAUUCUAAGAGCAAAGGAAAUGUUUACAUUAUGCAUAUCUGCACUUCUCUAGAAGUACGGGGCUCAUGAGUUCACCUGCCGAGAGCAAACAGUGUCCUUGAGCAGAUGUUUUUUUUUUUGUUGUUUUUUUUUUUUUUAAACCAGAGACUUCUGACAUUAGACAGAUUCUCACCAAACAGCCACUAUGUAUACCAGAUUUAGCACUGUAAACAUCAAAAUGUCUUAUUCUCUCUGAGAUGCUUUUAAAUGGAAAAAAGAAACUGUUUCCAUGUUUAAAUACCCAAUAUUCAUUGUGAAAAAAAAGGACAGUAAAGGUAUGAAGAACUCUGGUGGGGGAGACAAAGGCACAGCUGUGUCGUGGAUAGCACAGGGACACCAUGUUUUGUAAAUUAUGCAAGAGUUUUAUGGCGUUUUUUUAAGAAACUGAAUAAAUGUCUGUAUUAGUCAUAUUAACAGUAAUUUAUGUUGUGUUUAUACAUAACAAAUAAAGUCCAGCUGAUUUUGAUUUUUUUUUUUUUUUUGUUUAAUUUCUUAGAUUUUUCCAGACAUGUAUUUCUUUUUUAUGUUCCUCCUAAUAUGGCUAAUGUGGGGCUUCUUCACAAUGCUCUGUUUAAGUAAUUAACAGAAACCUGUGCAUGUAGUGACAAGUAUUUACAAGUGGUGAUGUAUCUAUAACAUGCAGUCAACUAUUAUUUCCACUAAAUUUAAUGUUUAUUGGGCAUAAUGCCUUUUGACCUGGCUUCCUGUCCAAUGAAUAUUUCAUCAACACAAAUAUUUCAUGAACCCAUCUCACAUAAACAAGGUUACAGUGGAUCCAAAUAUAGAUCACAUCCAUGUUCUCGGUAGGUAUAAUUUUUUUGAAUGUUAAAUGCACUCAUGGAUUAAAAUGAUAUUGGGGUUCUUUU